AUGGCCCACCGAGCAUCUACGAGACGUGCUUACGUGAGACACAAACAAGACGGAACCCCCAUAAUUCGUUACAUCUCAUUACUGAACCAUCUGAAGCAAAUCGCUGCGCAGUACGAUUUACAACUUGUUUCUGCCGGCCUGCAGUCCGAUGACUUGAGUGCUUCGUCGGCCUGGCGUCUAAUUGCGGAGUGCUUCUCCAUACAGAUUAAUUACGCAAGAUCCCCCCAACCCGAAUGUGGUCCUGUUGGAACCAAUGAACAUAAUGAAUGUGUGACUAUCACGGAUGUCCAGUUUGAAUACAGUCACGAUCAGAUCUUGCCAUGUCCAGAGUUGUUGGAAGAACUGAAUAGUGGCAAUUUCGGCUCCCUUUUUCGGCAUGUGAGCAAUCUUGUCACGGUGCACGCUGUUCCUGGCAACGCGGUUGAUCGUGCCAGAGCUUUCAUGUGUCUCGAGGCGGUUGAGCAGGAUAUUUCCAUGCUGAGUCAAGUGAACAGAGUCCAGGGCCCUGCCAUCGGUCGCUGUGAAACUUCUCUGGCGUCUCUUCGCCGUUCGUCGGCCGGUCAACAUGAUGGCGACGCAUUUGCCGUUCGUCGUAUGGUCAAUCAAUCUAUGGUCGGGCAUUUCCUUGACCGAGCUGGCGGACGCCUCGGUCAAUUGACUUAUCUUAUCACUCCUGCCCAGGCUGCUGUCUCACAGGCUGUCCAACCAACAGAAGUGCCUAACGGACCAAGUGCACCUCAUCAAAAUUCCACCACUGGACCGAAAACACUGGGUGGUUACAUGGCACGCGUUGGUCUUCGUCCAAGAACACCAUCGACGAGCUCGACUUUGUACCCGUCUCCCAAUUUUCAGCAUCUUGCUUUUAUGCCUCUGGUCACCCUUCAUGAGGACGCCGACGGAAGAAGGAUUCCAGAUUUCGCACAACCGGAUGAUAUCAAAUGCGUCGCAAUCGAAGCAGAAUUGGUGCUCUUUCUGGAACCCGCCAUUCCCAUGCCAGCGGAUGCGAUACGGGAAUUGGAACUCAUAACAGGUCUACCCAACAUGGACAUCAGCAAAAAUGGACAAGAAGAACAGGAUUUGGUACAACUUAUUUUGCAACGACAUGGCCAAAAGCAUUUGAGCCAAAUUAACACUCACUUGCAACUUCCCAAUCUGACUCAACAUUCUUACGAAAUCCGAUCCAAUGUCCGGGGUUUUUUGGUGGACACCGUCCCGUUCACCUGUUCCAGCCAGUUAGGGGCUAUUAUUGCCUUGUUGCGGAAACACGCUUCCUCCGCCGCGUUUCUAGAAUCUUUUGUGUUGCAUCCGAAAAGGCCGGUUGAAAAGGAUGAGUCUCUUACGUAUCAUUUCGUGGUCACUCUUGUUUCAAGUGAUCAUCUUCACGUACAGUUCGAUCACCCUUGCGAUCUCGGCCGAACGGUGCACGUGGAUAUCCUAAUCGGCCCUUUUGAAGUGGAAAAGGCGUUCGUGAACGCUUCUCGUGGUGAGCAGACGCUGAACCAGCUUGGACAUCUGCCCAGCUUACCAGAUGGCAAAGAGACUGGCCCCAUGGAUUCCAACCUUACCGACAUACUGGCCCGUACUCACGUGUUGCCUAUCGGUCUGGUUUGGCUGUUGAUGAAAUUUGGUUGUCCCAUACACCGUAUGCUACCACUGCGUCCCACUCAGACUCCUUCUAAUUGCGCGGAGAGCAAACCUGCCUCAACUCCCUUGUCCAAACCGAUACCCAAUCAUAAACUGUUCGAGCGUCUGCGCAAUAUGCUUAGUCAAGCCCGUUCCCAUGUGAUCAUUCAAGGUGCUACAGGAAGUGGUGGGCUACUCAGCGGUGCGGACCGACUGGCUCCUUUGGAUCUGGAUUCUCCGCUAUUGUCCACUCUGUCUUUAACCCCUGGAAUGACAUCUGCUAUCAAAAUACCUUCACUUCCACCCGGUGUCUUGGCUAUUCCACCUCCGACCUUUGCGCACUCAGAAACGGGUAACGAACUGGUUCCUGGUGCGCUUCAAGUCACACGGAACACUGAUUUGAGCGCAAAGUCGCGUGUUUCUGUCGCGCCUGCAUCCGCAGUGGUUUCGAACUUCAAUCCACGAACUCUACGACUGGACGACUUGCUAAUUGACAAUAUGCUUCAACAGAACCUAGCUGCACCGCAGCGUUCUGUCAAUUCCUCUGACCCUUGUUUGUCGUCCAAACUAUCGACUAGCAUUUCUUCAUCCAUUGGUCCAUCAUCUUCAGGGAAGUUAGGCAUUGGGGGUCAACACUUCACCUCCGAAAGUUCGUCACCAGCCCCGUCAUCUUCCGUUGUGUCGAAUCAACUGUCCAGCUAUUUUCCACCGAAGCGUCAGCAACCAACGUGUGCUAACAGUCUUCCUUUAUCAGGCACUUACAAUGCUCGUAUCCCUGCACCAGGCCAGUUCACUACUAUGCCUGCAAUCUGCGUUCCGGGUACCUUCGCGCAGAGCUCGUUGGUGAUGAAUUCAGUUCCUGUUACCAACCGUUUAAAUGUUUCCGCUCUCAACAACUCUCAAAUCCCGUCCUGCCCUUCUACCAGCAGCGGUUCGAUGCUCGUUAAUUUACUUAACGAGGAACCAAUCCCUCCUUCUAGUUCACUGGUUUCGCACCUGUCAUUCAACCAAAGGAAACAUGCUCCCUCUAUCCAGUCUGUUCCAGCAAUUCCGGGCAUUCUUGACACUAGUCGAGAGAGUUAUGCAGCAUCUGCUGGAGUCUUGCCGAACCGUUUCGGCGCUCCGACCUCUGCUCCACCUUCCAUCGCUGCUGCGUCAGUCAAUGUGACUUCAUCAGUAUCCGGAGGGAACUCCUUACCUUAUGUUGCGAAUUUUCCCACUUCUACAUCUCCUGCAAACGUGUUCCCGUCGUUAUCUAAGCAACCACACAGUUCACAGACCGUCCGUCAUCCGCUUAAUGUGGAAGGUUCUACACCCACAGCACCCACCAAACCUAGAUCCGCAACCUCAUUGCCUAGUCAUACUGCCACCAACGUUGGAAUGGUGACACCAAAGAAACCACGCAAACGACGCAGAGGCGCAUCUGAUUGUCUUGUGUCCGGAAUACAUCAGAGGCCUGGUUCGUUGGUGAGUUCAACACCUCGUUCUGUGGCUCAAAGUUCACGACAGGCACAUCCAAGCUAUCAUCGCGGCGCGUUCUGCCCGACAACCCAUCCUUAUGGUCCAGUGGUCAACUCAUUAGCGUCAUCCGUCGCGUCUAAUUUUGCCGCUACUUCCUCAGCUUCCACUGGGAGGUCUGUUUACGAUUUUGACGACACUCCGGGCCCGUUGUUUGAGAUGACUAACAGCAGCUCGCUGUCGUCCCACACUGCUCCCACCAGUGUCGUUUCUAAUUCAAAGUUGUCCUCAUCUGGCAGCAGUUAUUCUGCUUCCUCCUCCUCACUACUAAGCUCGUCUGGCCUGACUUCCACUGGUCUGUCAUCUGUCGGUGGAUCAAAUCCCACUCUUCCGGUACCGGAACGUACGGUGGAACGUAAGUCUAGUCUUAAAGUGACCAUUAAAAAGUUGCCACCGCAACCCAGCAUUUCCAAAUCAAUUACAGACUCUGCGGUCGCAAAAUCGGAGCAUUUGAGAACGGUUUCAGAAUCGUCGUCAGCUGAAGAAUGCAAAAACAAACACGGCUCUGGCGGUCAACCAGCGAAGAGGAGGAAACGGCGUUCUGUAGGUGGCAAACCGUCCGCUUAUAUGCUCCAGGUGUUACAGCAUUCGUCCUCGGCUGCUCCAACGAGCUCCAAUGUCGGUCCAUUCACUAGCGCAGUUAAACAGUCAAAGUGUGGAACAGCAGCUGUUGGUCAUGCUACCAUGGUUGUUAAAAAGGAGCGCAAACGACGCGCGGGUGCUGUGACUGAAAAGUCCAAGAAAGCUACUUCUAUAGUCCCACCAGCAUGUACCGUGCCUUCCAAUUUAGCCGAUGGUCAGUCUGCACUAACCUCGAGCAUCGAUCCAUCCAAAGUGAUUAAACUUGAUAGGGUAGUCUCAAAUCCAGCUAGAGUAUCUUCGAAUUUAUCGAACUUAACCCCGAGUACUCCUACUAAAUCGGCCGCUCGUCAGUCAUCUCCAUCGAAUGCGAAGAAGAAGCUGUCAUCAAUCAACCCAGUGACAUCUUCCUCAGCAUUGGCUGGUGCUUCAAUCGACGAGACUAUCCCCUCCAAACGCUCCAUCUCGUCGUUAAUGAUCGCUGUUCCUCAUAUGUCAGAGUCCAAACGUAAGAAAUCCUCCGAACCUAUGAAGUCUGCAAGUUCCUUUCAUUCUGUGGUUUCGCAACACCAGCAUGACGCGGACCACAGAUCACUCACGCCUACAGACUCUGGGGACUUAACACCAUCUGCUGGCUCAUUCGGGAAAUUGUCGCGUUCUGUGUCCAGCUUGGAGUAUCGGUCGGAUGAGCUCGGAACAUCCUGCUACUCGAAAAAGUCUCACACAAAUAAACCAUUUCUUUCCUCUGCAACCCCUACAAAUGCCACUCACGGUGGUCUAAUCAAGGGUUAUAAAAUACCGAAAAAAAAAUCUGUUCCCACCGGACCAAAGGUGCUUUUAAACGAUUGUCACUUGCAUUGCUCUGACAUCCCGAGCGCUAGUGUUGUAGCCGAUCUUACUCCGAAUUCUUCGAAGUUACGACCCACGGUGGAGAUCUUGGACUCCGUUUCCGCUCCCACUGCGUCGACUUUAACACCAGCUUCGAUUUUUGACACGUCUUCUUCUCAAUCCGAGUGUGCCGUAGAGCUGAAUUCCUCAGCACAGCUAAAUCCUAACCAAACAAAUCCGCUUCAGCUACCACCUCAGCAGCUACCGCGUCGGCAGCCGGUGAAGAGCAUUAGCGACAUCGUUGAUAAACUCAGAGCAAAGUCAUCAGGAUCGUCCGUCACCUCCGCACAAUUUCCCAUCGAUUCAAGCUCUGUGCCAAAUCCCAUUACUCCCUCCGAAAUUGAUGACAGAACUGCCAGUAGCGUCGUCGGUCCCCAUGAAAUCUCCUCGGAGAAGGAAGCUGCUCAUGAUCCGCGUGGAGACAAUAUUUUUGAGAAGUUUUACACGGGCACUCCCACAUGUCAGUCUGAAGCAGUUCGAACUAGUAGUGGAUCGGCCAUUUUGAAUAUUUCCACCGACGAAUCGUUGUCCGCCCCUGCGUCUGGCACCCAAAGUCCCUUGCCGACUGCGACGGGAAAUCAAGUGACGACGCCGUCCACUCUUUCCGAGGAUGUAUCCUGCAACGACGAUGCCGUGCUUACAAAAGAGGGGUCCGGGCAGAAUACACAUGAUUCCCGCACUCACUAUGAGCUAAUCAAAGCCCAGACUGAUACACCAGCUUCGCCAACUGAAUCUGGCCAGAGCAACAACACGCCCACCGUAUCAGGUUCCAUGAGCAAAAUCAUUCCAAUCUCCCCAACGAGUGCCAAACGGCUUGCAACCUCAAAUUCCUCUAUGAAAUCGGGGACCCGACACGGUGUCACUGGCUCACUGGUAUCCCGAAAGAACCUGUCAUCCUGUGGCCGGUUUCCUCGGCCUCCAGUGGGUUCUGUUGGGCCGCUGCAGGCUCAUAGUACUUCUGGCGAGGGAUACACCCGGUCUUCAAUCAGAGGGCAUCCCCGAUCUGGCCGAUCCUCGCACUCUUUCCCACGCAACCCGCAUCGAUCCAAGAAUCCGCGUUUCGCAAGCAAUCCGAGUUGGUCUUCGAACACCAUGGAAUUCGGCGGGCACCUUGGUGGCCAGAACGAUGCCAUGUGUGGUGCUCCUUAUCCUGGGGCUCUUCCCCCUUGGAUGUUAUCCUCUAAUGUCCUCCCACCUCCAGGUAGUGGCCCAUCCAUGCCACAAUUUUCCGAUCCGCAUCCUCCCAUGCCACAUCACCCAUAUCAUUCUGGUGGGGCACCCCAGAGAUCAAUGCGUCCUCCCAGCGGGUUCGGACCUACUGGACCAAAUAUGUAUGGAACGGGCCGAUAAAUUGUAUCAUACUAAGUCCUUCACUCCUAUCGAGCUUUCCACGUCAUCACACUUUAAUGUUCGCCUUUCAGAUGUGAUCUUUACACUCGCCCAUCAGAAGGCGCAUGAUUAUUUUUCUCCACCACCGGGUGUUCAUACUCCGCCCUACCUUAUGUACAGGUAUAAGCUUUGGUGAUUGCCCCCAGCUUCACAUCCUCUUUCAAUUCCCUCACCUUUGUUCAUUUUGAACCGUUGUAUUGUACAGUUCAUUUGAGUGCUGCAUCCGAUUUCAGCGUCUCACUUAUUGGGGAAAUUUUUCCAACAGACGCUCCGUGUACCUUAUACUGCCACAAGAUGAAAUAAUUAAUUUUAGGCGUUAUUGAUUUUUAAAAAAUACAUCGUUGAACCUUUCCUC